CUGAAAACGGUUUUGUUUCCUUCUCGCCCGAAUCCGAAACCAGGUUCCCUCCAUUGUCUUCCGAGCUGUUGGUUUCUUUUAGGGUUUUUGGUGAACUUUUCUUGUUUGGUGAUGGCCGGGAGUGAAGAAAUCAACGCUAAUGAAUCAAAGAUGGUGGUUCCUCUAACAACAUGGAUCCUGAUUUCCAACUUCAAACUUGCAUACAAUCUUCUCCGUCGACCGGACGGUACUUUCGACCGUCAUCUUGCCGAAUUCCUCGACCGUAGAGUCCCUGCAAACUCUACGCCUAUCAAUGGCAUUGCCUCUUUCGACAUCCUCAUCUCAUCCCUCCUCCUCCGGCUUUACUUCCCAUCUGAUACCCCUACACUUCCUGACUUUAGCAAUCCUCUUUUCCGCCAUCCUUUCCCGGUAAUCCUCUUCUUCCACGGUGGCAGUUUCGCUCACUCUUCUGCCAACAGCGCUAUUUAUGACUCACUAUGUCGUCGUCUUGUUCAUCAUUGCUCUCCGGCGGUAGUUAUAUCUGUUAAUUACCGACGUUCCCCUGAGCAUCGAUACCCUUGUGCUUACGAUGACGGUUGGACCGCCCUGCAAUGGGCAUACAAUCAAGCAUUUCUCCGCAAUUCACCUAAUUCUAACCCCAACAUUUUUCUUUCCGGUGACAGCUCCGGCGGCAACAUCGCGCAUCAUGUUGCUCUCCGUGCUGCCGCCACCUCUAACAUCAUUCUCUCCGGCAACAUUUUACUGAAUCCGAUGUUCGGGGGGCAAUGUAGGACACCGUCGGAGCUCAAGCUCGACGGAAAAUUCUUCGUGACAUUAAAAGAUAGGGAUUGGUAUUGGAAGGCAUUUCUCCCCAUCGAGGCCGAUCGUGAUCACCCUGCUUGCAAUCCAUUCGGACCGAACUCGGUGCCGAUUUCAGGGUUACCGUUCCCGAAGAGUCUCGUCAUCGUCGCCGGACUUGAUCUUACACAUGAUUGGCAAUUGAGAUACGUGCAUGGAUUGAAGGAAGGUGGCCAUGACGUGAAGCUUGUGUUCAGAGAGAGUGCCACCAUUGGCUUUUACUUGCUUCCUAACAAUGAUCAUUGUCAUGUAGUUAUGGAUGAGAUUAGAAACUUUGUCUCUUCCAAUUGCCAUUGAAUUUACAUACCUAUACUUUUUUUUU